AUUGAAGUUGUUCAUCAAGGAUAAUAUAUGAAUGUGUGUGUUAUUUAUUAUUUCAUAUAUGUUUUCUUUUGCAAUUGCAAGGCCAGAGAAUACUUGUACUUCAAGAUCUACGGAAAACAAUGUAUAACCCCUGUUGCGAUUAUGACAAGUGCAGCAAAGAAAAAUCAUGACUCUAUCAAUUUUCUUUGUGAAAGACUAGGAUGUUUCCAACUUUUUGAACAGCCUCUCGUCCCUGUUGUUGGUGCAGAAGAUGGUCAAUGGGUGGUCAUGAGACCAACUCCUGUGUGCAAGCCUGGUGGUCAUGGUGCCAUAUGGAAACUUGCUUCUGACAAGGCCGUAUUCAAGUGGUUCAGUGAUCAUGGAAGAAAAGGCGCAAUUGUCCGGCAAGUGAGUAAUGUUGUGGCUGCUACAGACUUGACGUUAUUGGCAUUGGCAGGGAGUGGUAUACACCAUGGAAAGAACUCAGAAGGCUCACUGUUGGAUAUCAUGCGGAAUGCAUAUGAUCUUCUUUCCCAGUGCAAUAUUAAACUACCUGAGAUUGAAAGUAAUGACAAAUACAUGGAUUCUGGCCCUCCAUAUCUUAUCCUUCUGCACCCUGCCCUUGGCGUACUUUGGGAGGUAACAAGACAGAAGUUUAAUGGAGGUUCCAUUUCCAUGGUCUCUGAGUUGCAAAUAGAGGUUGCAGAGUUUUUGUGGAAGAAUGUUCAGCUUGAUGGAAGUCUAAUCAUUUUGGCUGAAAAUGUUAUGGGCUCAACUCGGAUUGAUAUAACUGGUGAAUCCAUAUUACAUUAUGGACAUAGGUGUGGAAGAUGUAAACUGCAUAAUGUCAAAGUACUGAAUAAAGGAUUUGACUGGGGCUGGGGAGACAAUACAUACUGGAAGCAUGAAGUGCAGAGGUUUGAGGCACUUAAGAUCAUACUGCAUGGAAAUGCUGAAUUUGAGGGCAGUCAUGUAUUUGAAGUCCCUGAUGGCCACAAAUUGAAGAUUACUUCUGGAAAUUCAGGCUUAGCUAUUCAGUUGGACCCUAUUAAACAGGAUAUGAUGGAUAGUGGAAGCUGGUAUUGGAACUACAAGAUAAGUGGCAAUAAUAUUUUGCUGGAAAUGAUAGAGUUGUAAAAUUCAAACAGAUUCUAGUUUUGCUUUAUGUGAACUUUGGUGCAGAAAAGUAUCUUUGUUUAGCUCCUGUUGGUUGAACGUAAGUUUAACCUUAUUUAAACAGGAUGCUUAUCCAAUAAUAUGUGAAUAGAGUUGGGAAAAUUGCUGA